AUGGAGCAUAUCAACGAAGCAGAUGUAUAUGACCGAUUAGGCGAGAACACUGCCAAAUGUGGUACGGUCGCAGAAUUCCGAGACCAUUUAAGAACUUUGGCAAGUGUCUACAACAGGCUGUACAAUUUCAAUCGGUCGUAUCGUCACCGAGAGAAACGUGCUUUACUCGAGAGAAAGCGGCAAAAUGACCAUGCACAAAAUGGGCAACAGCUUGUUAGGAGACCCAGCAGAAAAGAAUUUGCAAAAACCACUGUGGGUCUACAAGCAGUCCAACGAUGCCGCAAGCAGCAAAGACGACAGAGAGCCCGUCGCGGGCGGAAGAGACCCCAAGAUGCGGCUGUAGUUGCAUUUGGCGACGCCGAUCUGUCUUCAUUGAACGGCAAUCCGCCAGUUCCCGUCAAGAAAUUCCGACAAGUUCUUGCACAAAAAGCUCUUGUGCUCUGUAUAGAUGAGUAUAGGACGAGUAAAGUCUGUAGCAGUUGUGAUACCACGACGAUCGAAGUCCGAGACAACAAUCAAAUGUUUUGCAGACACAAAAAAAAGAAGAAACGAGUGCGAGAAAUUGACAAGAGACUGCGACAGAGAUGUCUUGACGAAAACAACGACAUCAGCUCUGACUGUGGAGCGAGACGACCCGGGUAUUUGAGCAUUGUUUAUCCGGUACGAAUGUACCCCCAUUGCGUUUCUAAAAACGAUGUUUCCAAACCCUUGGCCUGGAACAGGGAUAUUAAUGCUGGCGUAAACAUGAGACGAAUUCUACAGGCCUACAUAGAAUCAGGUUAUCCGUCCGGCAGCUCUUUCGACGGCCCUACGGCGCACAAUCUGCGCUCCGCGAGCAAGGUUCUCCAACUAGCCUCCUGUUAG